UAGAAUUAUCUCCCUUGGACGUCGGUGGUCGGCCAUAUUGUUUAAUAAUCAUUAAAAGCAAGUUUUUUGGUUUAUUUAGACAGAGAAAUAUUACUGGACAGAAGAGGUUUCUUGAUUUAAUUUAUUUAUUGCCUCGAAGUUCAAUUUGACCAUGUGUGCUCUACCUGCUGCACCUCCUGGCAAGAGGAAAGAGAUCUAUAAAUAUGAAGCACCAUGGACUGUAUAUGGAAUGAACUGGAGUAUUCGUCCAGACAAACGGUUUCGAUUAGCUCUCGGUAGUUUCAUGGAAGAGUACAACAACAAGGUGCAAAUUGUGUCUUUGGAUGAAGAAACAUCUGAAUUCACAUCAAGAAGCACAUUUGACCAUCCUUACCCCACAACUAAAAUCAUGUGGAUCCCGGAUGCUAAAGGUGUAUUUCCUGAUUUGCUAGCUACCAGUGGAGACUACUUGAGAGUAUGGAGAGUUGGAGAGAAUGAUACAAGAUUGGAGUGCCUCUUAAACAAUAACAAAAAUUCAGAUUUUUGUGCUCCUCUGACAUCAUUUGACUGGAAUGAAAUUGACCCUAAUCUAUUAGGAACUUCAAGUAUUGAUACUACUUGCACAAUUUGGGGUUUAGAGACUGGUCAGCUUUUGUGCAGGGUAAAUUUGGUGUCGGGCCAUGUGAAGACACAGCUUAUAGCUCACGACAAAGAAGUGUAUGAUAUUGCUUUUAGUCGUGCUGGUGGUGGAAGAGAUAUGUUUGCUAGUGUUGGGGCUGAUGGAUCUGUGAGAAUGUUUGAUUUACGACAUCUGGAACAUUCCACUAUUAUAUACGAAGAUCCCCAACAUCAUCCACUUCUACGGUUAGCAUGGAAUAAGCAGGAUCCUAACUACUUAGCGACAAUGGCUAUGGAUGCAAUGGAGGUUAUCAUUCUUGAUGUAAGAGUGCCAUGCACCCCUGUGGCUCGACUCAAUAAUCACCGUGCCUGUGUGAAUGGUAUUGCCUGGGCUCCACAUUCCAGCUGUCACAUCUGCACAGCUGCGGAUGACCAUCAAGCUCUGAUAUGGGAUAUACAGCAGAUGCCUCGAGCUAUUGAAGACCCUAUCUUAGCCUAUACAGCAGCUGGUGAGAUUAAUCAAAUCCAGUGGUCGUCGACCCAACCUGAUUGGAUUGCUAUCUGCUAUAACAACUGUUUGGAGAUUCUGAGAGUUUGAAGUAAAAUACAGAAGCACUGAUACAAAACAUUAUUUAAGGGACUACACACUUUUUUUAAAAAAAAUUACCCUCUCCCUCCUCCCAUAUCCUUUGCCAUCCUGCUUGUUCUUUCUUUAAAAGGAAGAAUGAAAAUUAAGUACUCUUUUUAUUUAUUCUAUCUCUUCGGCAGACUAACUCCUAUCCAUUCAUUUUGUUUUCUCAUUUUCUUUUUUAGUCAUAUUCUUAUUUUUAUUUUUAUAAAAAUUACCAUUUCAUAGUCAUUCUGAAUUUAAUUUGUUUGCAUGAGUGUGUGUAUGCACGGCUGAUUGUGUUUAAUAUGUGCACAUGCGUGUGUGCAUGAAUGUAUGCAUGAGUGGUUGAGGUGUUUGUGCAUGUGCAUGUAUAUGUGUGUAAAUAUAUUUAUAAAAGUUGUUUCCCAUUUUUUUAAAAGCCACAUUAAAGUCAAGCGCCAAAAAUUAAAUAAGAACAGUUUUAUAUAUAUAUAUAUAUAUAAAUGUACUAAAAUAGUUUUAAAUAAUAGCCAAGGUAUUCACAUAAUAUUUUAAUCUGUAUGAGUAUUUGUCAACUAUACAAUUCAAAAGUUAAAAAUCACUUCAGACUGUCUUAGAUUAGAAGAAAUCUGCCAAGCUGUAUACAUACAAAUUUACUAAAAUAAAUUCCAGGUGAAUCUUGUGAUUUGUAAUGACUUGACAAGCAUUUCUAUCCUUAAUUCAAAUUAUAACAAUGCAAUGGUGAAUAUGCUUUGCUGGUGUGUGUGGUUUUUCUUUCUCAUGUAGAAAUCACAGUGUUCAUUUUGGGAUUUUUUCUAAUGCUCAUUCCCAUUGAAAAUUUUUCUGUGGAAAUUGAACUUGUAUUGAUCCUGUUAACUUUUUGGUUAACUUGGGGAAAAUACAGUGGAGUGAUUUCUAGUUGUAUUUGAAUAUCUUGGCCCAUAGGACAGUGUAAACUCCCAUAUGCUAAUGUGUAUCCAUGAUACAGUGCUUCUACCUUGAACAUUGGUAAACAGUACUUACAUUUGAUAAUAUUUACAGCUUGGUGGUCUGAUGUAAUAAGUCUGAGACUAGCCAUAAACACAACUAGUAAUGAGAUACAAGGACUAAACACUUUGGCUGGUUGAUUAACUCCCUGUUGAGUUAGAUGGAGGUCACUCCCACUUUUGAAUUGUUUAGUUUGCAAAAUUCUACUGAUUAAAUAUACAACCAUCCCCUAAUUUGCAAAAGCAGUGCAAUCCUGAAAAUGUUGUCACAUGGAAUUCUAUAACAUAAAAUGUAUUUGCCAUUGACUUCCAUUUUACAUGCAGGUCAAUGGGAAGUAUGUUUCAUGUUAGAGAAUUCCUUGAUAUGACAACGUUUAUCAGGAAUAUAACACGACCAUUAUAUCAGUUAUUCUCUAUGCACUGUAACAUGGAGGAUGCCUGUUUAUAAAAGUUAUACAUAUAUAAAUAUUGUCUUCUGUCUUGUUGUUGAUUAAGCUAACCUCUUUUGUACUUUAGUCAUUUUGACAACAAAACAAGAUGUCCUUUAAUGAAAAAUAACCUACAUGAUCACUUAAACCGUCUAACUUGUGUAUAUCAACACUCAUCUGUUUAUUCAUAUACACUUGUUUAACCUAAAGAAAAGAAAAGUGUGUAUAUGUGUGUACACGUCUCAAAACUCACUUCUGUAAAACUGCAACUGUGUAUAUCAACAUACAUCUAUCUCAACACACACAUUUCAAGGUAAGUCUUAAAAAAAAAAAAAAAGGAACAUAUAUAUGAUUGUAUUUGUAAUAAUAGUUAAAAAGAAAAAGAAUAAUGAUAAAUAAGCUUUCUUCUCAUGACAUUGAAACAUUAAACAUUAUAUGAUCUGC